AUGUAUAUGCCGCAUCGCUCCAACCCUUCCCACAUCAUGGACAGCCUCCCAUCUCGACUUGAUUCUCUGCGUCCAAAGAUUUUGGAGCUGGUGCGCAUUGGUGGCGCGCCUGGCCUCUCACUCGGUGCCAUGCACCACGGCACCCAAGUGUACUUCGCCAGCUACGGCUACCGUGAUGUCGAGUAACGAUUGUUUCCAAACGACGAGACGAUUCUUCCCGUUUGCUCUCUGACCGAGGCUGCUACCUCUGCGGACCUGGGAAUCGUGGUCGAUAAAAAGAAAGCGAGAUGGAACACGCUGGUCACGGACGCGCUGCCUUCGCCGAACAUCCAAGACGAAACCCAUCAGAACCAGAUGACCAUCGCCGAUCUUCUCUGCCACCGAUCGGCCAUGAUUUGGGGUGACAAUAUGCUCAUCGGUACUGACGGCAACAUCCUUGUCAGCAGCGCAAGCUCGAUGAAAUAUCUCAACAGUCAGACACGACUUCUGCCAUUCCGCGGUCAGUUUGCCUACAACAAUCUAGCGUACGAGCUCGCUCACAAAGUUAUCGAGUCUCUCAGCAAAGAGUCGUUCUUCGACUUUAUCCAGAGUCGCAUCUUUGACCGUUGGGCAUGACGCGCACCUACCUCAAAACACCCCCAUCUGACCUCGACAAUGUUGGAGAGUGCUACAAUGCUCUGGAGGACGAGACCUCCACACCCAUCACCUGUGUCAGAUUAGGAGACGACUGGCUCGGCGGUCCCCAUGCGGGCAUGAGGCCCUGCGUUAAAGACCUGAUGAAGCUGUGCAAAGCGUUCAUCAAAGCAUUCGACCAACAAAUUUCCACCGGACAGACAUCUACCGAAGGACUACCGCGGAAGAAGGUCGCGAAUCUGAUGUCAGCAAAGAUCUUCAUGGACCAGCCAUCAAAAAAUGAGGCGUCAUAUGGCUUUGGCUGGGCCCGCGUGCAGCCUCCCGGAAGAAUGGGUCAGAUUGGCAUCAAUCCCCAUUUGAUGCCCGAGGGGAUGCCCGUUGUCGGCAAAGGAGUACCGUCCCGUUUGGUUAUUUUUACCAAGGAAGCAUGCCUGGCACAUUGGCUCUCAAAAUGCAUGUUCCUGAUACGGAAAGCGCCAUCUUCAUCACACCCAACGCACUGGCUUUCAACGAUGUCCCUGACUGGGUUGGGCAGCUGCUUCUGGAGGAGUUUCUUGAGGUUCCGACCCACAAACGCAACGAUUACAUCGCGGCAGCCAAGAUUUCAGCAGCUACGAAUUUUCGGUGGUACCCUGAUCUCGUUGAGGAGCUUCAGCGAACACGGAUGAGCGGGCCAUUGUCGCGGAAUCUGAGUGCUUAUACCGGGACGUACUGGGAUAAGAUAAUAUCGUCAAGGUUGUUGUUACCGUGGAGGAAGCCCAUCUCUACUGGGCUCCUUCAGGGCCUCAAGACCGAGAAAUUUCGACUCAAUCACUAUGAGGAUGACGUAUUCACUUGGCUCCAGCCACGCAACGAGUUAUCACGGCGCGAACGAUGGGUUGGUACGGACCAAGGGCCGAGCUUCUGGAAGGUGGAGUUUAAGGUUGGGCCAGAUGGUAAUCCUGAUCCUCUGUACUAGUUCCAUGACAAUGAUGUUCCAGUAGACGAGUACAAGAAAGAGUAACGUGUGGCCAUUGUAGCUAGAAUGAAGUGCGAUGAGUUUGCAAAGGAAGUUUAGGGGG